AUGCAGCUGUUGGUCUUCGCUACACUGGUGGCUGCGGCUGCGGCUGCUCCGCAAGGCUACAAUGCUAAUCAGUUUGUGAGGUCUGGACUGCCCGAGAUCCGCAUUCUCAGCCAGAGGUUUGAUCAGGACCCCAACACUGGAAACUACGAAUACAGCUACGAGCAGGACAACGGACAGGCGGUGGCUGAGACAGGUCAGGUGUACCCUGGACCUGUGCCAGAGACAGGCAGCCUCACCCAGCAGGGCAACUACCAGUUCGUGGGCGAUGACGGCAACACCUACCAAGCGGGCGGGCGCGAGCUGCCGGCCGGCCACCUAGUGGUAGAAGACGCGAAGAAGAUCCCCUAG